AAAACGCAGUAAGGAAGGAAAAAAAGAAAUGUCAAAACUGCUAGAGAAUGACAACACAGGGAUUUUGAAGUAUUAAGAUUUUUUCCAAAAAUGUUUGAACGAUUUAAUUUAAUUUAAUGUACCAUAUUUUGAAACAUAUAUCUGUAAAUUAGCUAAUUUGGCAGGAAUAUUUUAAAUACAUUUUUAUUAGAGUAGUGCAAGAGUAACUUUAUGUCAGUGAAACUCAGUGAAACAAGGUUAUGAGUGGACUCUUCUAUCAAUAUCAAUUUGUUUUAGAAAAAAAUUAAUAUAAUUACUUCAAAGUAAGGUUAAAUAACUAUGUUAGUUGUAGGGUUAAGAGUGGUGAGAGGUCCUGAUUGGGCAUGGGAUGAACAAGAUAGAGGAGAAGGUCAUGUUGGAACAGUGGUUGAAGUGGGUAAAUCAGGAACUAAAGUAUCUCAAACUGUUUUUGUUCAGUGGGAUAAUGGGGACAAAACUAACUACCGAGCUGGCUACAAAGGAUCUUAUGACUUGAGAGUUUUGGACAAUGCUCAAGCUGGUGUAAAACAUGCUAGCAUUAUCUGUGAUGGCUGUAGAGCUCAAGGCAUUGCAGGGAUACGUUAUAAAUGCACUCGUUGUUAUGACUAUGACUUGUGUGGUCCUUGCUAUCACGGAGAUAAACAUGACCUUAAUCAUGUCUUUCAGAGAUUUGAAACAGCAAAUGCAGUUGGUGUUGAAAUGACACCACGCAAAGGAAGUACAAAGAUUCAAAGCAGAGGAAUUUUUAUUGGUGCUAAAGUAAUUCGCGGCACUGACUGGGAGUGGGGAGACCAAGAUGGGGGAUCUGGACACACCGGGAGGGUGGUGGACAUCAAGGGUUGGGAUAACGAAACAAGUCGCUCUGUAGCCAAGAUCACAUGGACGUCAGGGAACAACAAUGUUUACAGAGUCGGACACAAUGGUCGAGUUGACCUUAAAUAUGUGGAGGAAGCUGUGGGAGGAUUCUACUACCCUGCCCACUUACCAAUCUUGGGUCAUGCUGUGGAAGUGUACAGAAUAAAUCAAGCAGUUUGUGGUGAUGGCCCACCACGGCAUUUAACAUUUAAGGUAGGAGAUCGUGUAAAGGUAGUAAUGGAAGUAGAUGCAUUGAAGUUAAUGCAAAAGGACCAUGGUGGCUGGAAUGACAAAAUGGCAGAAUUUAUUGGGCAGGUUGGUGUGGUGCAUAGAGUGACUGACCGAGGAGAUAUUCGGGUUACGUACGAUGGCUGCAACAACAGAUGGACCUUCAACCCAACUGUGCUCACUAAAAUAGAUGCAUUUGCUGUUGGAGACUUAGUUAAAGUUAUAUCUGAUCCCAUUAAAGUUAGAGAAUACCAGAAAGGACAUGGAGAAUGGAUUGAGGUGAUGAAAAGUGCUCUGGGCAAGGUUGGCACAGUGAUUAAAAUCUACUCUGACGGAGAUCUUCGUGUGAGUGUGAGUGAUCAUACGUGGACCCUGAAUCCCCUUUGUGUACAGCCACAAUCAGCAGUGGGGAGUGGUACUGACACUGAGCCCAACAGCACUACUACAGCACCAACGGGUGAUGAAGGUGGAGAAUUGGCAAAUCUGUUGGAAGCUCAUCUGGAGAUCUCAAAGUUAGAUCAGCUAGUACGAGAGGCUGCCCAAGGACACUUUGAUACUAUCAGAGAGUUUGUUACAAAACAUCCUGACCAGGUAGACGCACAAAGCCAUGGCAAGACAUUUCUUCUGGUCGCUUGUCACCAAGGACACAUGGAUCUUGUCAUAUUCCUGUUAAACAACAAGGCUUCCAUAAACCUUACAGAUGAAGAAGGUGACACAGCCCUUCACUACGCUGCAUUUGGCAAUCAACCCAACAUAAUGGAAGAGUUAUUGGAGCGAGGUGCAGACGUAAAUGCUGUGAACAAAAGCAGUUGUUCACCUCUUCAUGUUGCAGCAAACAAACAGUUUGUUCACUGUGUUCGAGUCCUCAUAAAGCAUAAGGCCAACGUUAAUGUUCAGGAUUCAUAUGGUGACACAGCACUGCACGACGCUAUUGGCAAGGAGUCUCUUGACAUUGUUGACAUGCUCUGUAGUGUACAUGGUGCAGACUUCACAAUUCGCAACAAGCGAGGUUUCAACAUCCUGCAUCAUGCUGCACUCAAAGGCAAUAACAUAGCAACCGAGAGAAUUCUGAGCAAAGCACGGCAUCUUGUGGAUGUGAAAAAGGAUGACGGGUUUGCAGCUCUACAUCUGGCUUGUCUGAACGGCCACAGAGCAGUGGUUGAGACUCUAGCGUUGCAGGGCCAGGCUGACAUCAAUCUGCCCAACAACAAGAAACAGACACCUUUGCUACUGGCAGUGUCACAGGGCCACUGUUCGGUUGUGGAAAUACUUGUUGGUCAACUAAAAGUGGACAUGGAUAUAGCAGAUGAAGAAGAAGAUACACCAUUUCAUGUUGUUUUGCUCAAGCGAGGUUCCAUCCACACAGAAAUAAAUGAAAAUGAGGCUCCUUCAAUUUACGGGAUUUGGGCAGAGCUACAGGCCACUCACACGGACUAUCCUGUGGCUAUAGCAAUAGCUUGUUACCUAGUGCAAGAAGGCUGCUCUAUAGAUAAGACUAACGCUAAGAAACAAAUUCCUUUUGAUCUCAUUAGUCCUCCUGUUCAAGAAAUUGUUAGGCAAUAUAUCCCAUCAAAAAUUCGGUGACUCCAAGGUAGCCGAGGAAGUGCUGCCCUACGCUAAGAUGUCGUGUGAUGUACUGACUGUGUAUAGCCGAAAUGAAGUAUGCAAGACAGCUACUGACCCAGCAAUCAGUGAUGAAACAGUCACAGGUUACAGACUGCAGAUCUCCAAAAGAGUGCAGGCAAAGUGUCCUCUAACCUGGACCACUGCUAGCUUCUUACAAAUAUUGGAAGCUAUUUAGUUUUACUGAUAUUCAAGGUUAAAAAUGUUAUUAUCAAACCAUUGUUUUUUUAUUCUGGCCAAAUCAGAGGAUGCCUGACUGAAUGUUUUGUCCCCUUCACUGUCGGCAUGUACUAACACUGUUAUCAGUGAAUAGAAAGAGGAUGUUUAGUUUUGAGAUAUUAUUUCUCUAAAUUAAAUAUAAAAGGGGACCAAGAGUAUAUCCCUGUAAUACACUGUAGUUUAUGGCUACCUCAUUUUUCUUGAAUCUGUUUACGAAAACAAUAUGAAAAUGACCUUCUAAAUAAUUGACAAAUCAAUAUAGUAAUCCCUUUUUCAUGCCGAUUAGUUUUAAUUUUGAAAUUAAUUUUUACCUGUCCGCUGAAUUAAAAGCUUUUAAUAAAUACAAAAAUGUAUGACAAGAUAUGUACUAUUGAAUAAUGCACAUUCUCAGUGCUAAAUUUGAAAUAAUGCAUUAGCUGUAUUUUUUUCUCACAAUCUAUAUUAGCAGCUUCAGAUAAUGUUUUUUUAUGCAUAACAAUGUGAUAGCAGUACUUAUUUAUCCACAACUUAAACAACAGUCAGAGGUAAAGAUUUUGGCAUAUAAUUAGUUACUAAUGGCAGUCCAUAUUGAAAGUAAGAAUGAUCUUGGCAGUUUUAAAAACACCUGGACAUUUUCCAAAACGAAUGUUAAUAUUUAUCAGGUGUUCUGCGGAUUUAUCACAUAGGUAUUUAUCUUUAAUAAAACUUCUUAUCAUCCCUGCACAUGUAUUAUUGGAAUGAUUUGUUGAUAUUUUUUUAAUUGACCAAAGUUAGCAAACCAUGUUCUUUGAAAGCCCCCAAUGAAAAAUAAUCCAUACCUGAAUGCCAGCCUGCAAAAAUUAUUAACAAUUAAUCAGUAUUAGACACUAUCACCUGUUGCAUCAAUAAUUUUGAUUGUUUAGUAGCUAAAUUAUACACCUUUAAUCAAGAAAUGCAAAGAAUUUCUGUACCAUAAUAUGAAACAAUUGUUUAGUGGGCAUUUUAAAAUUCCUUUUUUCUAGUAUAUAAAUGAUAUAAACACACUACUUACUAUAUACUUUUUGUUAUAUGUAUAUGGGUUUCAAAUAUGUACUGUAUGGGUUUCAAACAAGGACAGAUGUAAUCCAAGAUUUCAGUUUAAUGUAUACAGUGAUUUUUCAUAAUUUUUGUGGGAGCUUGUAGAGCUUGUAUCUUUCCAUUAAAUAUGUUUAUGGAGUUCUAUACUUAAUUCCAAUUUUGAUUUUUUUAGAAGAUUGCUAAAUUUGACCCAUUUGUAUAUUUUAGAAAAUGUGUCUCAUAAUGUGAAAUCUGGUGUUUGGAAAAUAUAGACACAUGUAUAGUAACUGAACAGUUACAACUGACUCUAAUCACAACAAUCCAAAAGGAACUGUUUUGGAGUUUUACAUAACAAUUGUCUAAAGAAGUAUCACUAGCUGUUGUAUUUUAAGUUUAAUUCACCUCACACAAUUCAUAUCACCAGCAAAAAUACAAAAUACAUUACCUUGUACAUUAUAAUUAAUUGUAAUAUUCAUAAAAUCAUUCAAUAAAUUGAGGCAGAAUGGAGUUAUGGCUGUGAUGAAUAGCCAAAAGCUCAGAGGGCUGACCAGCAUAAUUAAAGGUCAAUUAUAAGCUUUUGGCUAUCUUUUGCACCUGAUGAAACAAUGAGAAUAUCUCUUCACCUAGAUUGCACUGUAUUUUGUAAUCUAGGUGUCUCUGAUGUCAAAACGAUGUAAAGAGUUCAUUUUUGAGCUUCUUCAUCAGCAACUUUUUUUGGACCUCUUCAGACAAACAUAACUCCAGAUUCUAGGAGUCAAGUCUGUGACAGCGACACUGUACUUAGAGGAAGGUGAGAUGGAGUUAAAUUCAACAUUGACAAAUAUAAUAAGUAGUAACUAAAUUUUUUUUCCUGGAAUGAUGUCGAGGAAUUAUAUGUUAGAAUGGUAUUGUGUUUGUGAUAACUCAGAUGUUAUAAGGAACGAAUAAAGCUUAUAAUUAUAUAAUAGAUUUUUACUUGGAAUAGCUCGUUUAUUUCACUAUUACACUAUUUUGUAAAUGCAUCAAACUUUUAAAUUUGGAUAAUCUUAAUUUUGUUUAAUUUGGACUUACCUUGCUUAUGUCUAUCUGAAAAAUAAGCUUCUUUGUUAAAUUCUACAGAAAUUUGUCUCACUAGAUUGAUAUAUUUAACAUGUACCCAUAUAAUCACAUAUUUUUGCAAUACGACGGUCACUGGGAUUAACAACUGCAUAUCAUGGCCAAUUGUGUCUUAGUUGCAUUCAGACAACAGCUAGCUUCUUUGGAAUUGACCUCUGAGACCUGUAGUGAAUGAAACAACCUUGAUUAAUAAGCAUACAAACACUUUUAGUUUUUCAUGCGUACUUUUUGAGGUAUAUUCUUUCAAUAUUCAAUGAAAUGAAAUGAUUUAUUAGCCCAAUAGAACAUUACAAUGUUAUAACAAUGAGUUACAAAAAUGUUUGAGAUUUCUUUUUUUCUGAAUAGCCAAUAAAAUAUUGAAAAAUCUAGAAAGGGGUUAAGAUAUUGACUAUGUAUUUAAAAUGUGACAUCUUCCACAAUUGUACGACUAAAACUAAAUAAAAGUGUUUGAAGUUUAACAUGUUUUAUGGAGCUAAAAUCAAGAUGGCUGAAGUACAGUUGCCUAUUAAUUAAAAGUGUUGAUUACGUAAAUACAAUGCUUUAGAAAUAGACUGGAAUUAAGAGCUUCCUAGCCAAAAUCGUCUCCCUUGUUGUUGUGUGCUGUACAUAUUACUUGAUAUUAUGUAUAUAGUGUUCUAUAUGUUAUGCUCAUAUCCAUCACGGCACAUUGACUGUAUUUUAUAUCAGUAAAGUUUAUUACAUAAAUUUAAUAUACCAUAUUAUCAAUGCAAUUUUACUAUGCAAGUAUUUAUUUUUAAAUGCCAAUUAAAAUAUGUAAAUAGCAAGAAACAAUAAAUGCGUAAAGAAAUAACCUAGAUACAUCAAAUAGAAAAUAUGGUAUUUCAGUAUCAUAGUGAUCAUAAAUGAAUUUUUAAUCCAACAUGUUAGCUUUUGCUGUUUAGGCUUCAAAGUAUAUCGUUUAUUUAUGCCUAUUAUCCCAAUUUCAAAACUUCUUUUUUAAUGUAUGUUUUAAUGUAUAUUUUAAAGUUUUUUAACCUUUAACUCUUGAGCUGGCAGUGGCUGGUAUUAAACGUCAUAUUCCAAGUGUAUUUACAUAAUAUAGUUAUAACCAAUCACAAUGUUAAUUGAAAACAACUUGGUGUAUAGAAGACAAAUUCAUAUAUUUCUGUAUUAUUUUAAAUCCAAACACAGAGAUUGACAAGUAAUUUUCAAGAGUACUUCAAUUCCUAUAAAAUUAAUCUGCAGCAAUGUUAAAAUUGUAAAAUUGUGGUCGCACUUGCUGGAAAUAUUUUAAUAAUAAAUCAUAAAAAUAUAAAAACUGUAUAUUAUUAUUAAGAAAUGCACUUUUAGAAACAGGUAUUAAAAACUAGCUGUUACCCAAGA